GAUUGAAUCUUCCCCCAGUAGCGUCUCUGUACUUUAUUGGAGGUCGAUUUCACAAUUUAGAGAAGCUAAAAAAUAUAAAAAGGCAUGCUUGCUUGCUUGCUAAAUUUCUCAACCCCAAGUUUGAAGGUUCCGUCUACGAAACAUUUGGAAAGAAGACAGUGAUUGAAAUUCCCAUUUGAAACACAGAUUGGAAGGUCCUGCCAACAUUUGGGAUCAAGACAACUGUGUUUCACUUCGCUAAAAAAAAAAAACAAGAAGAAGAAGAAGAAGGCAACUGUGUUUCACACCCCAAAUUUCUUGAGAGAAUCUGAGACACCGAUAGAGAAAUGGCUUCCUGGAAUUCAAUUCAUCUUAAAGUCUUGUACCAAGUACUGGGUUGGUCUACUUUCUUUUCCUGGGCCAUCAGUUGUUACCCUCAGAUCGUGUUGAACUUUCGUCGGAAAAGUGUGGUGGGCUUAAACCUUGAUUACGAGAUACUCAACUUAACAAAGCACUUGUCCUAUCUCAUCCACAAUGCUUCCCUCUACUUCAGCUCUGUCAUUCAGAAACACUUCGAGAAAUAUGGUUUUGAACAGAUGAUUCCUGUGGCUGCUAAUGAUGUUGCUUUCUCUACUCAUUCAGCUAUAAUGACCUCGAUUGUGCUGUCCCAGGUUGUAAUAUAUGAACGUGGAAGUCAGAAAUUCUCCAUGUAUGCCAUUGGAAUAGUCUCCGUGGUAUUGUUCAUUGCUGCAAUUUGUUUUUUCAUAGCUUUACAUGACAACUCUUGGCUUUGGCUCAUCUCCAUCUUUAACUCAAUUCAAGUAUGUAUGACCCUAAUCAAAUACAUGCCCCAGGCAUUCAUGAACUUCUUGAGGAAGAGUACAGAUGGAUUCAGCAUUGGCGGGGUUUUGCUUGAUUUUUCUGGUGGAAUUUUCAAUUACUCACAAAUGGCCGUCCAAUCUAUAGAUCAAGGUUCAUGGGUUAACUUCUUUGGAACCGUUGGGAAAGUAUUUAUAUCCUUGGUAACAAUAUUCUAUGAUUCUGUGCUUCUGUUUCAACAUUAUGUACUGUAUCCUGGGAAGAAAGCUGGUGCUUCUCACAGAGAUAAUGAAAAAAUCAGGGAGCCGCUCAUCUGCCCGGCUUCAACAGAUUUUUUAACUGAUCAGCACAUAAAGGAUUCGCCUAAAUCUUCGGAUCAGGCUUUGCCGCAAGAGGCGUAAACUAGACUUUGUAAAAUUUGCCUUAAGAUUGGAUUAAUUUUCAUUCUGUUAAGUCUGUUUUAAAUUUCCCGCAAGAUUGCAGUAAUUUUCAUUCUUUUAAGUCUGUUUUUAGUUCAUCUACAUGUAGCGGAAUUUCCAAACUGCCCUGUAAUUAUAUUUAUUAAAAAAUUUGAAAAAAAAAUAUUCUUGAUUA